CCGGCGCGGGUCUCGUCUCGGUCCUCUCGCGACGCCACUGCCCCCAUCGUCACGCCGCACGAGCCACAACCGCCUCGCCGGAUCCCCCCACGCGCGCCGAUUGGCCGGUUCCGCCGCCACGGCACGUGCUCCCCGCGCGCCGGCGUGUGGCUUCUCGUCUCCCGUAGGCCUCCGCACGCGGCUCGCCGAUUCGGAGCAGGCUAGCUAGUGAGAUCUGGUCACAGGUACCACUGUGAGCUGCUUGAGGCUUGGUGUAUUACUUGUUACGAGCAACAAACCAUUUGGCAGGAGAGAGUUGUGAUAGAAUCCAAGUAUAGCAGAUGUCCGACAAGGCAGAUCCAGCACACAUGCUUCCAAGCAAUAUGGACAUUAUUGACUUAAGUUCAGAUGGCGAGCAAGAGAUCAUUGACCUGUCUUCUGACAGUGAAGACAACAACACUCUUUUUCGCUCUUACAGAGAAGAUUACGUGGACUAUGAUGAUCCUGGUAGUCCUUUUCACCUGCCUUUUUUCCCUCACAACACAGCACCAGACUGGAAUAUCAUGGAAGAAUUAGAUGAUUGGCGUGUGCUCGCAAAGAAAGAAUACGAUGACUGGCUUAGUUCAAAGGCUUCAUCCUCUUAUAGCCCUGUUGAUGAUAUAUUAACCACUGAGAUGAACAGUAAGCUGCCACAAUCUUUCACCUACGGAGGCUUCAUUCCUCAAUCAUGUGCACCCGGCCAUUCAAGUUUAGGUGACAACAGGACCAAGGAAGAGCCCUCUAUGACAUUUAGUGGUUUUCAAGGAUGCACUGCCAGUGGAAACGGAAUGCCUUCAUCUACAGUGCCAAUAGAUGAUAUCUUUGUAUAUGGAGGUCCACGUCCACAUCGGAUCUUCCCUCCGCCAAUGCCAUCUUCUGUUAAUGAUAUAAAAGUUGAAUAUGACGUAGAACAAAGGCUUUUCAGUUCUGAUGAGAGAGCUGUAUAUGAAGAAGCCCUGAAGCAUAUCACUCAGGAAACGAAGGAGGAAGAUCUGCCCAAAGGUGUUAUGUCAGUUUUACUGCUUAAGCAUCAGAAAAUAGCAUUGGCGUGGAUGCUUUCGAAAGAGAAUUGUUCACAUUGUCCAGGUGGAAUUUUGGCAGAUGAUCAGGGUCUUGGGAAGACAAUUUCAACGAUUGCCCUUAUACAGAAGGAGAUGGUUAAGCAGUCUAGGUUCAUGACUGCUGGUUCAUACAGUACAAAGUUUGUCCCAAACAGUGAUUAUGACAAUGACAGUGAUGUUGUGAUUGACAUGGACAAGAAAGAACCGAAAGAUGAACCCUUGAAUGAGCUAGAUGGUUCUGCACGAUUGCAUGUCGCCAGCAGUCUUAAGCUCUGUGAUAGUAAGCCAAACACUGCUACUGAUAAAGCUGAACCUAAGAAGAAGGCCAGAGUGAGGUACUCUGCAUCAAACUUGAGGUCGAAGACUAGGCCAGCUGCAGGAACAUUGGUCGUCUGCCCUGCUAGUGUUCUUAGGCAGUGGGCUAAUGAGCUCUCUGUGAAGGUUAUGGAAGACAAUAAAUUGUCAGUCUUGGUUUAUCAUGGAAGUUCAAGGACUAGAGAUCCUAAUGAGUUGGCAACAUAUGAUGUUGUUGUCACCACGUAUAUGACUGUGGCAAACGAAGUACCUAAAGAAAAUUCUAAUGAUGAGCGAAAGAAAUGUGAAAUGGACGGAAUAUGUCCAGAAAUUUCCAUCGGCAGCAAAAGGAAAAAGCAGAGCAAGCCAAAGAAGAAAAACAAACCUAGCAAUUCAGAAGGUGGCCCACUUGCCAGGGUACGAUGGUUCAGAGUUGUGCUUGAUGAAGCUCAAACAAUAAAAAAUUACCGGACUCAAGUGUCUAGAGCUUGUUGUGGACUGAGGGCACAAAGGAGAUGGUGCUUAUCAGGAACACCUAUACAAAACAAAAUUGAUGAUCUGUAUAGCUACUUCUGUUUCUUGAAGUAUGAACCUUACUCAAAAUUUAGUAAUUUCAAAUAUAUGAUCAAGCACCAAAUUACUAGAGAUUCAGUUCGUGGCUAUAAGAAACUUCAAGCUAUCUUGAGGAUAAUUCUACUGCGGCGCACAAAAGAAACACUUAUAGAUGGGGAACCAAUCUUAAAGCUGCCACCAAAGACAAUUCAGCUGAAUAAAAUAGAUUUCACCCAAAAAGAGCGAGCUUUCUAUUUGACACUUGAAGAAGGCUCUCGGCAGAAGUUCAAGGCAUACGAUGCAGCUGGGACGAUAAGGGAAAAUUACGCAAACAUUCUUGUGUUAUUGUUGCGGCUUAGGCAGGCUUGUGACCACCCUCUUCUUUUGAACGGACAUGAAUCAGAUCUAGUUGACAGCAGUUCCAUAGAAAGGGCAAAGCAACUUCCUAAGGAAACAGUGACAAAUUUGAUUGAAAAGCUGGAAAGAGGCCCGGCAAUUUGUUCCAUAUGCAAUGAUCCACCUGAGGAUGCUGUUGUCACGACAUGCGGUCAUGUCUUCUGCUACCAGUGUGUGCAUGAGAGGUUAACAAGCGACGGACAUGUUUGCCCCUAUGCACUCUGUGGAAACAAGCUAAGUUUUCGAUCUGUUUUUACACCAGCAGUAUUAAAACUCUGUACUUCGCCAAAGCCGGAGUUUGGUGAAGAAACUAGCUGUUCCACAGCAGCCGACAAACCAUCCUCGAUCUGUGAAAGCAGUUACAUCUCCUCGAAGAUCCGGUCAGCAGUGGAAAUACUUAAUUCAAUCAUCAAGACACCGGCCCUUACAGCGGGGGACACUACUGAAUCGAUUCCCAGCAUGGCACCCCCUGUCAAGGCAAUAGUCUUCUCCCAGUGGACUGGCAUGCUGGACCUGCUAGAGCUUUCACUGAACAGAAAUGGCAUACAGUUUAGGAGGCUGGAUGGUGCAAUGUCCCUCGACUUGAGAGAAAAGGAAGUGAACGGGUUUAAAACUGAUCCUGAGGUGAGAGUAAUGCUUAUGUCACUGAAGGCUGGCAAUCUGGGUCUAAACAUGGUAGCUGCUUGCCAUGUGAUCAUGCUUGAUCCGUGGUGGAAUCCUUACGCUGAGGACCAGGCGGUUGACAGAGCACACAGGAUCGGUCAGACACGUCCUGUUACUGUUUCACGGUUCACAGUUAAAGACACUGUGGAAGACCGCAUUUUGGCUCUGCAGGAGAAGAAGAGAGAGAUGGUGGAAUCCGCGUUCGGCGAGGACGGUUCCAGAGGCACUGCUACCAAGCUGACGGUGGAAGAUCUCAGAUACCUCUUCAUGGUGUGAUGGCAGCUUGUGAUCAUCCGUAGGGCUGAUGGCUUUUGUUGUGACAAUCCUAACAAAUAGGCUAGGGUAGACUUGAUCACAGUACUUGGCACCGCAGUUUGUGCAAAAGUAGUAGGCAUCUUGAAGCUGAGGUAGCGUGUGUUUAUGGUAAUCCCCUCUAAUACACUUCAAUCCAUCUCAUAUCUAACCAAACAGGCCUUUCGAGUUCUGUUGACCUGUAUUCCUGUGGGAUGGAGCUCGUCCUGCUCGGCAAGCUGGUUAAUCUGGGAGUUUAAAGGAACA